AUGGACAUCAAUCAGCCGGCCAUACAGAUAGUGGCGGCUUUCCUUAUAAUUCUGAUCUUGCUCUUAACCAGUGUCGAUAAGCGUAAAUUAGCUCCCUACUUAGGUGUAGGACAUCGUUAUAUCUCCCGCACACUCUCGAGACCAUUGGCAACUAGUGACGAUAACGCAUCUCCGAGCAUUGCAUUCUACAAAACUCUAUAUCAUCGGCUACAGAACCUCGAGCAGUACCCUGGAAUUCAGGAACAAGGGAGGGAGUCUUUCGCCACAUGGAUCUCCGAUGCCCUAAACCGAGCUUCUCAUAAUCCCGCAAGAGACAUCUUGUCGGUCGAGCAGUACUCUAGGGAGGCUUUGCUGGCAUUUGUCCAAAGCCAGCAAGAGCAGGUGACCGACCAGUUUGAAGCGUACCAUACCCGGCGACGAAAAGGUGGCCGGAGGGAACACUUCCCUGACCGGGACGCAGCUAUCAGAUGGCUUAGACAAGCAUCUCCAUUGAAACUUGUUGAUGGUGCUUGGCUAGGACAUAUCAAUGGCGUGAGCACCCCGUUCAACCUAAGGCCCGUAUCCAAGGGGCUCUGGCAGAUCCUGUCCGAGGAGCUUGGGGAUGGCGAUCGCAAGAAGCAUCAUGUGUUCGUGUACCAGGAGCUCUUAAGAAGUGUUGGCCACGUUCCGCCUUGCCCGUCUAGUUCAAGCUUUAUACAAACAGACCAUGGCGCGGAUGAUGUUCGGUUCUGGCGAGCGGCCGUUGCACAUCUCUUGAUUUCACUCGCACCAGAUUGCUUUCUGCCCGAGCUACUCGGAUUCAAUCUGUGUUUUGAGGGGCUUCAGCUUGAUACGCUUGUGGUUGCAACGGAGCUCCGUGAAGUUGGGAUAGAUCCCUAUUACUUUCUGUUACACAUUUCCAUUGAUAACGUCGCUUCCGGUCAUACCGCGAUGGCAGCAGAAUGUGUAAUUCGGUAUUUGGAUCACGUAAGAGACUCUGAAGGUACGCAAGCGAUGGAUUGCGCCUGGAAACGCAUCAAGGCGGGUUUCGUGUUCUGCGGCGAUGCUAGUUCUAGCUCCACGAACGCCGUAGCCACAGGCCCCUCGAUGCUUACCUCCAAGCCGGACUUGGAGGGGGACUUGCUCAAUAUCUUCGCUUCCAAAGUGAACGCGGCUCGAGGCAUCCACUGCACAAGUAAAGCCAGAAUUGGAUCCCGUACCAUGGUCGAUUGGCUGGAGCCAACUGCAUUCCGGUCACGGGAAUGGCAACAAGAUUUCCUGCGGAAUCUGACCGAAGCCCGACCUUGGGUAUACAAGGGUGACAGUCAGAAGAGUAAACUUGUUCAGGAGCUCCGCUGGGGAGGUCGCAUGUUUGGUUGCUUUACGGAUCGAGAGCUUGGCGUUCUAGAGCGGUGGAUUGAUACACUGUACCAUACGACUAUGGAUCAUACACGCAUGUCUGAGGAGGAGAAGGAGUUGGACAUGGCUAUUGGCACUAUCCAUCAAGCGAAUAUCGGCCGCAACAACGCCAACGACAUCCAAGCUCCUUCAGCUAUUCUGCCUACAGAGCCAGGCAGGUUAUCACGGUCUGUACCAAUACGGUUCAGGUUGCCCAAUCUACUGCCUCUCUGGUUUAUGCAUGGUUGUCUGCUGGAGGGAUUCGUGUACGCGCCAGCCUUGACCACCAGUGAAAUGGGGUGUGCCGUCAUACGGAUUCUACGUGCUCAGAUGGGAUUUGCCAACGAGGGGCCCGUGGCCGCGGGGAUGGAUGAGAUGUCUCGUAUGGACUCACCCGGGAUCAUCGAGAUGGGCCUGGAACUUAUGAAACGCAUGGACCUCCCCUCGCCCGGUAAUAUAACGGAUAUCCUACAAGCGUACCCAUCUGACUUUGCAGAACGAAUGAACCGCUAUGCCAUGGCUCCCGUGGCCAACUUACCACUGUUACUUGGCAUACUACUGGCAUUCAUUGAACUGCAAGAGAAGGUUGUAGUAUCGGAUCUUUUGUCUCGAGAAAGCUCCGAUAAAUUGGCCGACAUAGUCUUACGUGAGCGAGACAGCCUACAAGUCUGCCACACAGAGCUUGAACGCGACCGUGGCCAGUACGCGAAGUUCUGCAGUGGAUAUCAAAUGGGUAGAGCAAACGUGGAUACUUGCCUGGAAGUCCCAUAG